AUGGAUGUGACACCGCAACCGAUGCAAUCGCUGGUGGCUUUCGCUGACAUUUUUACUUCUCUGUCACUCGCGACCCCGAAUUCUGUAGAGGAUUCAAGUCAUCUCCACUUCUCGCUUAAGAUUCGUAACAUUGUUGAUUCUCUCGCGUCUUUUGUUGAUGCGAUUCCUGCUUCUCAUCACUUAGACGUGGUUCUGGAAGGCUUUUCAGUUGAGUUUCCACCACUAGUUUUUAUAGUUGAAAACAAACUUGGUUCUAUGAAUCUGGAUGAAGUAGAGAUUCUUCUGCUAGCUCAUGAGCUUUCAUUUGGACAAGUUAAAAAAAUCUACACCACAUAUCUAAUUUCUCUCAACCUAACUCAUGCUUCACCAACUCCUGCCAAUUCUGAGGAUGUGCAGUUUACUAGUGUUGAAUCCUCAUCCACUAAACCUUCUAAUCCUCAUAUGGAUCAAGAUGUGCUUUAG